UAUUUCAUUUUUGCAAGGAAAUAAAUAAAUAAUUUUCAGACUUUAGUUUUUUUAGUUUUAUUAACUAUUUAUUUUCAUUAAAAUGGAUGAUUUAAACAUGGUACCUAAAGAUGAGUGUCGAGAAAUAAAUGAGCCGAGUUUAGAAACAAAGCCCGGGUUAUUAGUAAUUAACUCCUAUUUAAAUCAAAUCAAUCCAGAUUUAAAAGACGUUCAAUCUGAAAUUAGAGAAGUUGUUGACAAACAAAAAUCGCUUAUAGAUGCAAUGCUUAAAGAAAAUGAAGAACUUUCUAAUUUAUUAAAUGAAUCAGAAGUUCAAAAUAUGUUCUCAUCUAUUAAACAUUGUCAUGGACAGCUAGUUGAAUUAAAAAAAAAACUCAUGUUUUUACACAAGAAAACUAUGACAUUAGAAAAAAGAGCUAAUGUUUUACGUGUUGCCAAGCAAAGAGAAGCAUUACAAAGAGAACAUCAAAAAGAAUCAAUGUUGGUACGGGAACAAGAACUUAUAUCAAAACAAACAUAGAAUUGUCCACCUUAAAAGUACAGGGACAAUUUAUAGUGAAUUGAGUAUUCAUUAUUUACUUAUUAUGUUUAUUAUAAUUAAAAUUUAUUAAAUUUCUGUAUUUUAUUUUAAGUUGCAAAAAAUUAAACACAUA